UUUUUUCUCUUUGUUGUGAUAUCCAUCUGAAAGUGUGGAAGCCAUGGUGCUGGAGGAGCUGGCCGUCCGUCUGAACAACAGAGAGUAUAAAAACUGGCUGAAGGCGGGUCGGUGUCUGCACAUCCUGAAGGAGGGUCUUCACCCCUUCAUCACACACCACAUGAGAGCUUUCCACGGAGACCUGCUCAACCAAAACACCCGGCUGAGGACUCCGUGUCACACAUCUGCGUGCAAACCGAAAGGAAAUAAGCUCUUAUCUGUGUGCAGUGCGUGUUCAGAUUGGCAGACAGAGAUCCUGAAACACCACAGUAAUAGAGGCAUUGCUGUGAACUGGGACAACUGUUUCCCUCCGCACUGGAGGAUGGACCACUGGGAACUGGCUAAGGCCUACAUGCCCCGGGGUCAGGGCAAAGUGAAGGGGGCAGAGAAGUGUGAUGCCUCUGCACUGCUCAACCUCAUCAACCAUUGUGAUUGCUUCCAGUCUGUGGAUCACAAAUUUGUGAAAGAGGUGAUCCGUCACAGAAACGAGCUGAUGCAUUCUUGUGAGAUGGGUGUUAAAGAUGAAUGGAUGUGGCAUUAUCAGACGGCCCUUAGAAACCUCCUGCUCCAGUUCAGACACAUCCCACAGAUGGCAGCAGCUGGGCGACAGAUCGAGGAGAUGCUGACUGUUGAUUUGUCCAUAUGGGUCUCUGGUUUGGACCGAGUGGAUUCUGUAGAGGUUAACGGAUUAGAAUUAGAUGCUGUCGGCCAAUGGGAGACUAGGGCUGACUCAGUCAGCCAAUGGGAGGCUGAGCUCCUACAAGAGAGGCUGCACGAGCUGCUGCAUGCUGAUGAAGAUGUAAAGAUAGAGGAUCCCGAGCAGUUACAGAGACUCGCUGGUUUCCUGCAGGCCAACAGAGAUCUAUGUGAGAGGUUUUCUGCAGAACUUCAAACCAUUAACUCUUUGAAGGCUGGAGAGUGAGAAGACUGACGGUUUGGUGAAGAGAAUGGAGAUUAUGUUGUGCACUUUCUUUACAUUUAGUAUUUACAACACUUCAGAAAGCGUUCCAUUUUGGAUCUAUUUUACUAUAAGAACUUGAAUAAAAGGUGCACCGGUA